CGUUGCAGAGAGUUGUUCCACAUGGCGAUGUUAACCGACAGUUGGUUACUAGACUUUCUAAGCCUAUUGACUGCUUUAGUAGUGGUUUUUGUAACAUGGAUAAAAUAUUCUCAAACGUAUUGGCAACGUACAGGUAUAUUUACCCCGCCUACAAGUUUUCCAUUUGGACACGGUAAGGGACUCGUCACUCAAUCAGAAUCAGUUAGCGAAUUUAUUUCAAAUCUUUACAAUUAUUUUAAAAAACACGAUCAACUGCAUGGAGGCUUCUACAUUCUACAUACGUCAACAUAUAUGCCCGUAAAUUUAGACAUCGUUAAAAGCAUUCUACAAAACGAUUUCAGCCAUUUUGUAGACAGAGGAGUCUACUACGAUGAGACGAAUGAUCCAUUAAGUGCUCAUCUAUUUUCGUUGGAGGGUGAAAAAUGGAAGAAUCUUAGAGCAAAAAUAACUCCAACAUUUACGUCCGGAAGAUUAAAAAUGAUGUUCGAUACCCUAGUUACUUGUGGUAACCAACUGAAAAUAGAAAUGGACAAAACUGCAGGCAAGCAAGCUGUAGAAAUGAAAGAUAUGUUGGUUCGAUUUACUACCGAUAUCAUAGGAAAUUGCGCAUUUGGAAUAGACUGCAAUUCACUCAAAAAUCCAGAUAACGAAUUUAAUCAGUACUUCAAAUCAUUUUUUGUGGAUACAUUUUGGGAAAAUCUGAAUGGCUUUAUCACUUUUGUGAGUCCAGGUUUAGCAAAGAAAUUAAAAAUUAAAGUUGUCAAGCCAAAAUUGUCAAAUUUCUUCAUGAAAGUAGUUAAAGACACGAUCAAAUAUCGUGAAGAAAACAAUAUCUACAGAAAAGACUUCAUGCAUUUAUUGUUGCAACUCAAAAACAGAGGUAAACUGGUAGACGAUAACAGCGUAUUGAGCGAAGAAAAUGAGAAGAAACGAGAAGUUAAUCUAACAGUGGAUGAAAUUGCCGCACAAUCUUUCCUAUUUUUCCUAGCUGGAUACGAAACAUCUUCAACUACUAUGACUUUCUGUCUUUUCGAACUGGCAUCGAACCCUGAAGUGCAAGAAAAUUUGCGAAAAGAAGUUGAAGAAGUACUUCAAAAGCAUGACAAUAAAUUAACGUACGAAGCUGUUACGGAGAUGCAUUAUAUGGAGCAAGUUAUUAAUGAAACUUUAAGAAAACACCCUCCAAUUUCAACUUUGAUCCGUCUUUGUACUAAAAAUUACACGGUUCCUGGAACAAAUAGCGUUAUAGAAAAGGGAACUACAGUGUUUGUUCCAAUUGCGGGUAUUCAGCAUGAUCCAGAAUACUACCCUAACCCAGAGAAGUUUGAUCCAGAAAGAUUCUCAGAAGUAAAUAAGAAGAAACGGCACCCUUAUGCCUUUAUACCAUUUGGAGAAGGUCCCCGAGUUUGCAUAGGUCUCCGAUUUGGAAUGUUAGAAGCAAAAGUUGGACUCAGCGUUCUUCUGAAAAAUUAUAAAUUUUCGAUUAAUUCGAAGACACAAUUGCCACUAAAAUUUGACCCGACAUCUUUUACAUUGAGUCCACUGGGAGGGAUGUGGCUUGAUUACACCAAACUAUAAAGUUUAUCAUUGAUAGAACGACACUUAAUAAA